AUGAAGAUCUUUCACUUUCCUUGCUUAGAAGAUAACUACUCUUACCUAAUCAUAGAUGAGGGUACUAAAGAAGCAGCAGUUGUUGAUCCAGUCGAGCCCGAAAAGCUUGUUAGUGCCGCCAAUGAACAUGGGCUCAAUCUCAAGCUCGUCCUCACUACUCAUCAUCACUGGGAUCAUGCUGGGGGAAAUGAGAAGAUAAAGGAGAUGGUGCCUGGUAUUAAGGUGUAUGGUGGCUCACUUGAUAAUGUAAAGGGCUGCACGAAUAAGGUGGAGAAUGGUGACAAGGUCUCACUUGGGGCUGAUGUUAAUAUUUUGGCUCUUCACACUCCUUGUCACACCAAAGGCCACAUAAGUUAUUAUGUGACUGGCAAGGAGGGAGAGAACCCAGCUGUUUUCACUGGCGACACACUGUUUAUUGCUGGUUGUGGAAAAUUUUUUGAAGGCACAGCAGAACAGAUGUAUCAGUCACUUUGUGUAACAUUGGGCUCAUUGCCAAAGCCUACUCAAGUUUAUUGUGGCCACGAGUAUACUCUGAAGAACUUGCAGUUUGGUUUGGCGGUUGAACCAGACAAUGUAAAAAUACAGAAGAAGCUAUCAUGGGCUCAGAAACAACGUGAAGCAGGGCUCCCCACCAUUCCCUCAACUAUCGAGGAAGAAAUGGAAACAAAUCCAUUCAUGCGUGCAGAGCUUCCAGAUGUUCAGGCAAAGGUUGGUUGCCAGUCUCCUGUUGAAGCUCUUCGAAAGAUAAGGCAAAUGAAGGACAACUGGAGAGGCUAG